GUUUGCUAUGCCCAUUGUGAGAAAGGCUUCUCUACUCUGUACACAUGGUACACUGUGAAGCACAUCAGCCAGUGAGGGAUUAUACAGUAACCUGCGUAGUGUGUUGCAUCGCAUAUGGACUGAAUUCGAUUCACAUUGUGUGAUACCGUAGAGAUCUUUGUAUUAUGCACAGGUAGCGAAUGACUAAGGGAGCUAGUAGCUAGGCCGGGCUGCGGAGUGAGUUGAAGCAGAGAGUUAUCACCCAGUCUCUAGUUAACAAUGCCAACGUACUGAUCAUGUGGAUAAGCUUUACAAUCAGAUCGCCAGUUGAAGAGGAAUGACUUUCUAAAUUCUCUUGUUGAAGUCUUUCUCGGCACAUCUGAAUCUCAUGGAAUAUUACAACCGUGGAUUUUAUAGUUGCGUGGCGCACUGCCUGGCAGUGAGUUGGCCCUUUAUUUCAAGGGGAGUGGAACAUAACCCAGACAGGACUAACAGCGUGUAGGCCAGUGUUUUUUGUCAUGAACCACUGACCCCCUGCAUAUUGUGGAGAUCUCACAUCACCAGCAAUGCAAGAUUCUUGGCGUAAACUUGUUGACAGCCUGUAACCUUUGACCUGUGUGCCGUGACCUGCUGACCUUUUUUGGCUGUUAUUAUCUCAUCCUGGCAGGGGAGGAAAGUUUGAGUUUGUGUGUGCCUCUCCUCAGUUUAAGGGGCCUUGUAGGGGCAGCCUGCGUGCCUUUAAUGUCGCGCCAAGAUGGACACUAGCAUCAUCAGCCCCGACCCAGCAACCAAAGAGGAGGUUACACCACAGUACGAUAGCAGUGAAGAAUGGGAGAUUGGGCUUGGCAACCUGAUCAUUGACCUGGACGCUGACCUAGAGAAGGACCGGCAGGAUGUCCCUUCAGCAGACUCCAGUCCAAUGAGAAUUGGCAAGAUGAAAAUUAAACGCAAAGUCAGUAGCUCUAAGGGUGAUACGGCCGCCGCGUCACCCCGUAAAGAUCAAGCUGCGAACAACAUCGAUGAAUCUACCCUUCCAACGGCCACGACGACAGUGCCAGCGCACCAAGCAUCACCUGAGAGACCAGUAUUAAAACAGGACGUAGUUGCUAAAUCACGAAUGGUGGUCCAACAUAAGAAAGACUUGAACCUUAAACAAGAUAAGACAUUUAUAAACCCAACAGGGAACAAUGCUUCCAAAGGGCCUGUUAUAGUGUCCCUGACGUCAGCGACAACGCCAACAACGUUGAAUACACCUAACCCCACCGUUCUAUUAAACACUUCCAUCGCCUCUUCCACAUCGGCCACACCUCUUCCUCCGCCAUUACAGCAGCAACCAAAACAUGCAGAGAACCAAAAUCAUAGUAUUGCACACAGCGUGGCCAUUGCUGGCAGUCCUAUGAAGAUGUUGACCAUCAAUGCUGUCAAACUCCCCGAGAUCAAGGACUCUGACAAGAAACCGAGUAAAAUGGAGAGUCGAGGAGCGGAAGAGGAGGUGAAAGUGAAAGAGGAAGUGAACGUCGUCGUGAACAAGAAGAAGGAAGAGAAAGAGGUCAAAGUGGAGACAAAUAGUAAGAAGGAAGGAUCGCACAGUGGUGGAGCAAAGAAACAUGGAGGGAAGAAAGGCAAAAACGAGAAGGCGACCACUCACUCGGUUGCCGUAGACACCUGUGACAUGUCCACACUCACUGACCCUGAUUGUCUAGGGCCUUGUGAACCAGGAACUUCAGUCAACCUGGAGGGCAUUGUGUGGCAUGAAACUGACCAGGGUGUACUGGUGGUGAAUGUUACUUGGAGAAACAAGACCUAUGUUGGGACACUACUUGACUGCACAAAGCAUGACUGGGCACCACCAAGGUUCUGCGAUUCACCCACCAGCGAUAUGGAAAAUAGGAACGCAAAAACACCAGGGAGACCCAAGCGAGGGCGUAGCAGCUCUUCCACAACAAAUAGUGACCUCAGCAACUUCACAGAGACACGUUCUUCCAUUCACAGUAAACUUCGCAACUCUACCACAAUCAAAGGGCGACGGGGCAGCGGUGCAUCCAAUGGCAGUCGCACGCCCCCGAACGCCAUCGAUCGGAACCAGGGUAAACGGAAAAUCCGCCCCACGGACAUUGACUUGAGCUCCGGGGAAGAUAGUAAUAAAGCGGCCAAGAGGAUGAAAACGGCCAGGAAUACACCGACACCAAAUUCAUCUGAGGGUGCAACUUCACCUGUUUUUAUUGAGUGCCCAGAACCAAACUGCAAUAAAAAGUACAAACAUAUAAAUGGAUUAAGAUACCACCAGACACAUGCCCACCAAGAUAAUCCGAGACCGGAAGCGAUAACUCCGGAUGAGUCAGACAAUCCAGAAUCAACCAAAGCUGUGACUGACGAAGUCCCUGAUUUGAACCUCUCCAAGGAAGAGAAGACUCAAAUGGCUUCAGAGCUUCCUCAAGGAGCUUUACCUAGUACUCCCUGUCCACCCAAGGUGGCGGCCAGUACAGCGGACAAAUCCAAAGACACCAAAACAUCUCCCUCGACGUCGACAACUCCUACUGAGAAGAGGGAAGAAAGUUUACCGCCUUGUUCACCGACAGGAAGUACAUCAACUGACUCGUCGUGCAAAGACUCUAUUACUAAAGACAGCACUGUCAAAGGAAAAGUGGAUGUAGCCCGCAGCCCUAAAGGUGGGCAGCAUAAAAUUCCAGCCGAAAAGUCAAGUCCAAGUAAGCUCCUUCAUGGUGUGAGCAAAAGCAAAGACUCUGUUAGUGCCGUCAAAACAAAGACUGAUUCUCACUCAAACGAUAAGUCCAACAACAAGCACAAGAAAGCAGUUACGAGUCUAGCUGCGACUAGCAAUCAGAAGGAUAUGUCAGUGUUUGAUUUUAACUCUACGGCUGAGGCUGAUGAUCAUUCUAAAAAGAUGAAUGCAAACAUUGCUGAGAAACCAACUGGUGUGAGUGUUAUACGAUCUAAUCCAGAGCAAAUUACGAUCAAGACUGAGCCUCUCAGUCCACCAGCUGUGGGGGUUCCUAAAACUCCAGAUAUGCUUAAGAUGCCUACGACGCCUCAGCAUAGUGACGAUGCGCAGAAACAUUCUAAGAGUAAAGAAAAGGAGAAGGCAAAAGGAGGCUCGGAAAAGAAAAAGUCAAAACAGGACAAAACAGUCCAGAAGCCCAAAUCGGCCCGGCCGAUUGCCCCUGCUCCGCCCCAUCCCCAACCACCACAACUCAUUGCAAUACCAGCCAUUGUCGCCACAAGCAGUACAACAACUCCAACGCCUUUGACGAUACCGUCAGUGACAACCAAACCUACAGGGUCAUCACCUAGUACUGGCCCAGCACUCAAACCAAUCCAACCAAAGCCUUCCGUGGCAGACAACUCCACUGUGAAUACAUCCAUAGCGAAUCUUAAAGAUAAGAAAUCCAAACCGAAGAAAAAAUCAAAGACUGAUAAAGAGAAACAUACAUCAGGUACUACCCCAAAGGAAGGGACCAAAGUAGACUCUAAAGAUAACGUUAAACCAAAAGAGGCAAAGCCAAAGGAUUCUCCGCCAACCAGUCGGCCAGAUCAACUCACUGAAGCAUCGAUAGCAGCAGCAUUGUUAGAGAAUAACAUUCUCAAACAGGCUCUUACAGCGUCAGGUAUUGGUCCAGAGGAUGCUGGUAGGAACUCUCCAUAUGUUGCUGGGAGUAGUUCUGACAAUCAGGCCAAAGGGACUGACCAACCACCCAAAGAGACCCCAAAGGAGCUUCAUUCACUAAUCCCUAGCAGGCUGAUGGCUAAUCCCACCAUGCCAGAAAUGCCAAAGCUUAUCCCUACGAGUAGUAUAUUGAACUCGGCCAAUAGACCACCACACCAUGGACCAAUGCAGCCUCAGCAACAACAGCAACCACCACCUCCCCCUCCCACAAAACCAAUCAUCCCAUCCUCCCCAGAGGCCAUGAAAACUGAAUUUCAAGGACUCCCACCAACUACCCAAACCAAGUCCAACACCUUGCCCUCAGAACACCCUGUGCCGACCUUGACUGUGCCACAAAGUACCGAGGACGGUCGAGCAGGAAGUCCAGCCUACUCUGAUAUCUCAGAUGCAAACGACGAUCCCCCGAUUGUCGCAGCUAAACCAAGAGAGGACAGAGAUCCUUAUGCUUUUCACGACACUCCGAUAUCAAGGGCGCAGCAGGCUAACAAGCCAGUCCCAGAGGAUCUACGUAGGGUUGAGCGAGAACAACUAGCUGUACCGAUGUUCUCACCACUAACGGAGGUAGCACGAGAACGCGGUGUUAGCAAUGAAUCAUUGGCAAAGUCACUAGACACGAUGAGAUCAACUCCUACUCAAUCAAUUAAAUUAGAGACUACUCGCGAACCCAUCAAGGAAGGGCCUGAAGCUAAGAAGGCAAGGAAAGACACUCAAAGUCCAUCAACUGACUCAACCUACAGGCCCCAAGCUCAACCAGGAACUGUGUUUGGAGGACAGUAUUCCUUUGUACCUGGAUAUGUAGCAAUGGACCCUUCUUAUCAUCAAAGACUAAUAUCCACUGAUCCCCAUUAUAGACAACAACAUGAGCAGUUCAUUGGUGAGCAACGCAAACGUGCCGAGGCAGAAAGGAUAGAACGAGAGAAGCGGGAACAGGAGACGAGCAAAGACAAACCUGCUGAGAGCUUAGAACCCAGACCAAUCCCAAAGAUCAAAACAGAACCAGUGACCCCCACUAAAAGGGACCCUAUAUGUGAAUCGAAGGGAAUGAGACCUGAAAAGGAUCAUCACCAUCUAAAGAGAAAGGGGGAAGUUUCUGCUGAAGCAAUUCGUGGUAAACAAUUAGACUUUAAUAAACCAGGAUCUGAGAGUCCCGACUUGAAUGCCACAAAUGGUGCCUCCAAAAGUACAGAGGGGCGGACCCUACAGGAACAGCAGAGGGAAGAGAUGAGGUUGUACUCCUUGUAUGAUACUAAACAGAGGGAGUUGCAAAGGCAGGAAGAAGAGCAACGGAAAGUCAAAGAGCAAGAGGGGAGGCAUAGGUCAGAGUCUAGUGAGUCACGGAAAGAGAAUCGACGAACGCCUGAUCGUGAGCAUUCCAGGAGAGCAAGUGUUUCUCCACGGCGUGACGCCUCUAAGGAGCAAGGUUCUUCUGCAACAUCUUCGAAAGUACCCACUGAUGAGAAGAAGCAUAGAGAAUCUCCACUCGGUAAGAGUCAGUCUCCUCAUGACAAGUCUAGGGGUCCUGGCCCUCCUUCUAGAAGAGUACUUGAGACUUACCCAGCUUACCUUCAUCAGCAGGGGUACGUCCACACAGCCUUUGGACCAAUGCCAUUUGAUCCCAACCACCCAGCCUAUCAGGCCGUGAAUCCAAUGGUGGCAUACCCUACUUAUAUCCCACAUGAGUUACACUACCCACCGCCUGCUGGCCCUCGUGUUAUCAGCCCCAUUUGGAAGUCAUCUGAAGAACGGGGUCGUUAUGAACUUGAACGCGAGUCCAGGCCAACGUCUCCUCCUUCAAGCUCUGGUAGUAAAAGCCGAGACUCCUCGCGAGAGCGACCAACCAAAGCCCUAGACGUUCUACAACAGCACGCAAACCAGUAUUUCAGCUCGCACAAAAAUGAGCGACCAACAAGAUCACCAGAACCUGAGAGGGAACGGAGACCGUCGACAUCUCCGCAUCGAGCAGCUUCUCCAGCUGGGAGGAAGACCCCAGCGACACCCACGACGAGAGCCGAGUCUCCACGAUAUGAUGCCACAAGGAGACACGGUCCACCUUUUCCACCUGGUCAUCUACUACAUCAACAUAUGCACACACACCAGCAUACACACCUAGGCAUGGGAUAUCCAGUAUUACAGCCCUAUGAUCAUUAUGUUCUUGCAAGUCACCAGCAAGCAGCAGCAGCUGCAGCAGCGUCGGGUGUGAAUCCUUACGCAGUAAGAAGGGAAUAAACGCUACCUUUCCAAAGUGACUGUGCAUCGUGAAACCCACUUCAUGUUUUCUGCAUUGUAUCAAAACCAAAGAGUCUGCGCCCCAUGUAUGUAUCUCUGCCCAGAUUGACUGUGCUGCUGAUCAAGCUGCUGAUCAAGCUGCUGAUCAAUGGAUACUUCCUUUUGUGAUAGAACAUUAGGCACCAGACUGUAUUGAGUCAGGUCAAUGACAUCGGUAAUAAAGAGAGAAUGUGUGCUGGAUUAUCAACAUGGAGAUGGAAUAAACAGACACCUUGGUCACAACAUGAAUCUUGAAGUUGCGAUAUUCCACUACGAAUGAUUCAUCAACUUAUCGUUGGAGGAUUUAAGUUCUUUUUUUCGUCGUCAUGGUGGGAGAGAAGACGACUGUUGGAGUUACAGACUAAAUCUUGUAUAUAUAUAUAGAACGAUUAGUGUGGAUUGUUUAGCACUAUUGUUGCCUUGCAACUGGAGAAGGACCUGCAAAGGCUUGUGAAUAUUUGACAGGCAGGACAUUUUUUUAUACUUUUAAAAAUACAAUUAAAAAAACAAGCAUUUGAUGAUAAUGAGUUUUGAUGGAAUCAGAGUUUGUUGGUUUUUAACAGUGAAGCUGUACAGUCGGGCACUUACAUGUGUUUAAUCUUCACUUAAAUCUUCACUUAAAAAUAUGGGCUGCGGGCAGUGUUGUUCAGUUUGCUGGCACCAGACUUAAGAUGGAUGUAUCACCCACAUUAAGACUAGUUGAAACUUGAUCUGCUUCUGUUCUUUAUGGCUUCUGAACAUUCAACCGAUCAACUGGCUUACAUACUAAGAAGUCAUGUGAAUUAUUUUGCCAUAUACCAUGAACAAAGAUAUCGUUUCGAGAAAAAACUGGUAGUCUCUGAUCUUAAAGUAGACUUGCAGCAGACGCAGAUGCGCAAAUUGUACAUGAAAAUGUUCUCCCUUUUUUAACAGCUCUAUUUACCAAGAGCUUCAAGAGAGAUUUUAUACUAAAAGUACUGUCAUGUACAUGUGCUACUACGUUAUACAUAAACUUUUUUCCAAAGAUGCCAAAAUAGAGCUUUUAAUUUGGGUGCAAAACGGCAGAACAGGAAGUUGUUUGUUCUUUUCUUUCCUUUAUUUUUAAAAUAUUAGCUUUAUAGCAAGUUUUGAAUGUUAAUUCGUGUUUCUUGUUGAGGAUCUCUAAGAGAUCUUCUUAAAUUUUGUUUUUAUUCAAUAUUUUUAAAAGUUGGCAGUGUCCAGUGCUUAUUAUGAGAGGAAUGGGUUUUGGGAUCAGAUAUACUUUUAUAAAUAAAACAAAAGUUUGGUGGCUUUUGUAUUCCGGGUAUUUGCAUUGUUUUUACAUAAACAUGAUUACUCACUCAUCGUUUAGUAACCAUUCUAUGUUAAGCCUUGAUUGUUUAUUAUGCGCAGAGUUCAUUAAGCAUAGAAAAAUCUCGCUUAGCAAAAACAGAUUACCACUCAAUAUGUCUUAUAGUUAACACUGGUCAGAUUUUGCUGAGGAAACAAAUUUGCUAAAGCAAUAUUUGCUGGCUUCACAGCUUUUAUGAAAUUUUGCUUAGAUGGUUGAACAUGAAACUUUUGUGUGAAAUCCACCAGUUUAAUUUGAUUAUGACUCUCUGAUCGCUAAAACAAAACAAAUUAAGUAGUAAACUUUAGUGUACAAGUAGGUAUACAAACUUAUUUGGGGGAAAUGUUUGUACUGAGAAGAACUGUGUGGUCUUGACGUUUCAAACAGAAUACUCAGCCUGUCUUCAAAGAGUAUACUGUUCAAAGCCUCAAGACCACACUGGGUCUUCUCGGAACCAACUUCUUCUCAGAACCAACACUCCUCCCAAAAGAGGACUAUGUACUUAUGCUGAAUGGUUGAAGAAUGUCUUACAAGAUUGCUGAAAGAUGUCUAGUGCUAUUUAUGCAUUGAAUCAUUUGAGCAUUGGACAUUGCUAAAGAAAAGAAAAACACAGAAAAAUUGGCUGUUCUUCCUAGAUAUAUAACAGAAACCUAUAUUUUGAUUUUUGAUUUUUGUUAGAUAUUUUUUGAUGUUUGGAGUUGAUGUGUUCCUGCGGAAGACGUUUUGACCAAUGAUAUAUUAAUGAGUUUAUCUUUAACAAUGUGCCGCGAGUUAUUCAACAUAAAGCACACCACUUUGUAUUUUACUGUAUCUUAUUAAAUUGUAGACAUUUGCCGCCAAAUUGUGACGGGAAAAAACAGUUUC